AUGGAAUUCAUUACCGUGGAUUCGGAUUGUGCCGAUGAGGAAGAGGAUAUCGUACAUCAAGAAUUAGUCAGAGAGCGUGACCGCGAGCUAUCAGAAAUCAUCAAAAAACGUCACCUCGCCAAAGUAAAAGAAGACGAAGAUCGAUUUCCAAAAAUCAAGCAUACUGAUCGUUCUCUGAUCGAGUAUCUCAGUGAUCAGAAAUGUUGUGUACCUCGGGACCAUCAGGCAUGGUAUGAUUCUUUUAAGACGGAUGUGAUCAAUCAUUUCGAGAAUGGAGUUGAAGACUUCGUUAUUAAAAUGAAGAUGAUAAAAGUAUCGGAGCCAAAAACCAAGGAAAAGGAGAGAAUACACAAGGGACUUGUCGAAUUCGAUAAGCAGAUCGUUGCCGCACUGCGAAAAAUGACCAGCAUACCCUGUGAUGAAGAAAUAAUAUCUACGACUGCUCAAAACGUGUUUGAAGACACUUCUGAGAGAGCAUUGAAACGCAUAGCCUCCAAAAUAAGCGCAAAUUAUGUUCUUGAACAAUUGCAAGCUACUGAUUUGGAGGAAAUCAGAAGAAAGGAAAUUAUGCUGCGUACAUUAAACAAUGGACUGCGAAACCUGAGCUUUUCUGCCCCAGACUUGUCAAGAGAGCUAACGGCCUUCACUGUUAUGAGGGAGAAACGAGAUACGAGCCCUCCUCGAGAAUGUUUAUCUGCAAUAUCCAUGGCCCAAUUGAACGAACAGUUCCAAUCGCUUUUCGUGCAUGAACAUGUCACUAUUGUCGAGAAAGACAAAGAUGACAACUUCUUAGAUAUGUUUUCUGCUGGAAUUUCAGAUGAUGAUGAAGAACCAUCGGAAGAAUGUAUUUAUAACGACGAAAUAACAAAAAGCUCGGACUAUGUCUUGGACCUGAAAACCGAAUGGGUUGAGCCCGUUUAUAUUUGCAAAAAAGAAGAAGAAGGAGCAGAAGAGUUUAAUAUAGACGAAGGAGAAGAUUUUAUUUUACCUUAUGAAUAUAAAGCUUUAUCUGACCAAUUAGAUAGAACCGGAACACAUUUCGGGCAAAACCCUCCAGAAUAUAUGAGAAGAGAUUGGGAAUUGAAGCGCUUCGAAAAUAAAAGAAAGAAACAAAGUAGAGUUAAAUUUGAAAAAUACGACAGUCCUCAAAAUAAAAUGAGAAUUUUUGUAAAACCAAAUGGGAACUUCUACAAAAGUGACGACACUCCAGUUUCGGACUACGUAGAUCUAAGCCUUCGCGAUGGAACUCUCGUUUUAAAGGAUGUCGAAUUUCCUCUGACCUCGAUUGCAACAAAAGCUUCCGUUUUUCGGUCACGUCGUAGAAAGGACAAUUUUGACAAGAAACAACAGAAAGUGAUCAAGGAACCCGAUCUCUUUUUGAAAGGAACAUACCAUGGUAAUCUUCUUGGACGUUUCUGGUGUUCACGUGAUAAAAAGGACCAACGGGCUAAUUCCAUUCGUGGUUUAUAUGGUUUAUUGAAAGACUACUGUGUAGAUGAGAUUCAUAGAUUAUAUUCGCAAUUAGCACUCAAUGCUCAUAAAACUAUGCGCCGAGGCCGUAGUCUAAUUGAGACACAAACAUUCAACGAAAAAGAUGUGGAAAUGGCAACCAUGAAUGGCGUUCUGCUACUGACUGAUUGGCGUCUUUUGUUUCUUCGCGAACACGUUCUAACUAAUGCUCUAAUUCAGUAUAUGCCAACAAAUCUUGGAAACGUUUUUUUUGAAAUAAUGACCGAGUACUUAGUGGAGCUGAUCUUGGAUGCAAACAUUGAGUUUCACACAAUUAUUUUUGCUUUCGGUGGAUCGCCACAUUUCGAAAAACUGGAUUUUCUCAAGUUCUGGAAAAAGUUGAUCGUUCAUACCAAUAAAACUAUCGAUGUUCACUGGAUGGCUCAAGACUGGUUGGAUGGAAUGGUGUGCUCUGAAGAAGAUAUAGAACAACUCACUGGGUUCAAUCAAUAUGUAGAAAAAGUUAUUAACUCGAUGAGAGAAACGGGUUUUAGAAAUUACGCGUUUUGCAAUAUUCGUAAUCAAUACAAAGUACCUCUUCUGCCGGAUGAUGCUUACAAAACUCCUUCGAAUAAUGAUUGUCUUCAAAACCUUUACUUCGCCUAUGUUCGACACUUCGUGAAUGAAUCAAAUUGCUAUGGAUUUUCUAGUUACUUCAAUAACUCUGCUCCAAGUAUUGACAACUUCAAUGAUAAUGACGCGAGAUACCCGAAACACAAAACUCCUGAGGAAUUGUGA